AGUACACAAACAGGGGUUUUUUUUUUAAGCACUUGAAAAAAAACUACCCCUCCCACAAGAGAGACUCACGUAAUCACUCUUGAGAACAAUGUGCAAGGGUAAACUUUCGCAGUCAAGCCAUCCUGUCAAUGCCCUUAACUCCUCAGAAGAUCCAAGAAGCUACAGAGAUGUCUACUGAGCUUCCUGCAACAACAGGGGUCACAGAAAUGGACACUUUCACAGCCUCUGAGAGCAACAGUUCCACCUGCGACCUCUAUGAACACAAAGAUACAGCACGGAUACUGCUGUCCGUCUUCUACAGCUCCAUCUUAAUUCUUGGGGUGCUUGGAAACACCAUUGCCCUCACUGUCAUUUUUAAAAACAGAAAGAAGAUCAACUCCACUACUCUGUAUUCAACAAACCUCGUCUUCUCUGAUCUCCUGUUCUGCAUUGCCUUGCCAACAAGGAUAGCCUACUAUGCCCUGGGAUUCCACUGGCCAUUCGGAGAAGCAUUGUGUCGAAUAACCGCCCUCUUGUUCUACAUAAACACCUAUGCAGGUGUAAACUUCAUGACAUGUUUGAGCAUUGACAGGUUUUUUGCUGUUGUCCAUCCCUUCCGAUACAAGAUCAGAAGGAUUAAAUACGCCAAGGGCAUUUGUGUCUUUAUCUGGUUUCUUGUAUUUAGUCAAACUUUCCCAUUACUUAUACAAUCCAUGUCACAGGAAGAAAAAGAAAGGACUACGUGUAUGGAAUAUCCAAACUUUGAAAAAAUAGAACAUCUACCAUUUAUACUUCUUGCUGCCUGUUUAAUAGGGUACCUUAUUCCCCUGGGGAUUAUACUAUUUUGUUACUCUCAAAUUAGCUGCAAACUUUUUCAAACGGCCAAGGAAAAUCCACUUACUGAAAAAUCAGGGAUAAACAAAAAAGCCAUCAAUACAAUCAUAUUUGUAAUUAUAGUGUUCAUCAUCUGCUUUACCCCUUAUCAUGUUGCAAUUAUACAACACAUGAUUAAGAAACUUCAGAAUGAACCCUUGUGCACCGAAAAGAAAAUUUUCCAGAAGUCACUCCAUUAUACUGUAUUUCUGAUGAAUUUUAACUGCUGCCUAGAUCCUUUCAUCUAUUUCUUUGCAUGCAAAGGAUACAAGAGAACUGUACUGAAAAUACUGAGACGACAAGUGAGUGUAUCAAUUUCAAGUGCUGCCAGGUCACAUCAUGAAGAAAGCUCACGUGAUGUGGGAGAAACGCAAAUGACGGUACUUGCUAAAUCUUCCAAUGGAAAGCUACCUGAAAAAUAAAGUCUGCAGUACAUCACAGUGGAGAAAGAUUAAAAAUCCAGGGUCCACAGCAAAAACUCUUAGUGUUCCCCAAACAGAAGCUUAAGGAAAAUUCUGUUUCUCAGGAUGUCAGGAAAUAAAGGAGUGAUGUUGGACUGAAAAAGAAUUGUCACAGGACAGUAGGAAAACCAGCAUUAUAAUCUCCUUGCUGUGUAUCCUUUUGACUGAUCUUUUCUUUUUUUUCAGGAAAUACGCACCAUUGUGAAUGUUCAAAUUCCAUGCUGCACAUACAUAUGCCUGGAUGUUAAGCAAAGACUUGAUUCACAAUUUGAAUUAAACACAAAUAGCUUAUAGUUCAGACCAACUACAACAAGAACAUCUGAAAAUUUCAAGACCUCUAGCUGAGCUCCAAUUAUAGCAAUGGUUACAUUAAUCCAGUCACACAAGCAAGGGAAAUCAAAUUUUCUGAUGAAAUGGA